AUUAGCCUCAUGGAAUAAUUUGGAUUCAGCUUCCGGUCCAUAUUUUGAAUUCCGAUUACACACAAAAUCUGUAAAAUAGUCCUUUCAACAAAUAAUUAACUUCCCAGAUAAGACUAAAGUGAUUCAAACUUGAUUAACAUCAUAAACAUAAAGUGAAGUAUACACCUUUCUUGAAGAAGGGUUUAGGGUUCAAACAGUGAAAUAAGGGUAAUACAUUCCAACGGUCGAAUUGGAUUCACUCCUUUUUGAUAGGAUACGCCUGUCGAUUUGUGUGCGAGAGAGAAAAAGAGAGAUGAGGCAGAGAAGAAAGAUUGGAUCAUAAAUCCCAGAAGCCCUAAUCGCGGAGGAGGAAGAAGCAGAAGAAGGACGAUUCUUCGGAUGCUAUCUGUUGACCUCUCGCAGCCCCCGCUAUGAAGGCCACACCUAUAUUAGAUUCACAGUGAACCCACGGCGUCGUAUAAGACAGCAUAAUGGUGGAAAUAGCUCAAGGUGCUUGGAGAACGAAGCGGAAGCGUCCAUGGGAGAUGGUCUUGUGCAUCUAUGGUUUCCCAACUAACGUUUCUGCUCUCCCGUUUGAAUUGUCCUGGCAGAACCCGACUGUAUCAAAGGCAGGCUGGCUGCUGCAACCUUUAAAUCCCUGCGAGGGCUUGUCAGUAAGAUCAAACUUGCAUGCACCAUGCUCACUCUCCCUCCCUGGCAGAGUGUUUCUAUGUAUCAUCAGCUUGAACAUCACUGUAAACUUCUUUUCAACCCAGUACACCAAACACUCUGCUGAUUGUCCAUGCCUGCCGGAACAGAUGAAGGUCAAAGUCUGCUCCAUGGAUGAGCUUUCUUCCUGUACCAAACUAUCUGAUGACCUUUUUGAAAAUGAAGCUGAGUGGUGUAAUGAGAGGGAAAUUGAUGAAGAUAUGCAUACCAGUACACUACACGAAGAAACAAUAUCAGACUUCAUGGCUCAUAAUCAAGCAGAUUAUCAGCAGAGUAAUAGUGGCAAUAGAAUGAAUGAAGUAUAUGGAUGCAGUAAAGAAGUAGGAGAAGAUGAGUGGUAUGAUGGAAAAGAAUGUGAUGAAGCUAUGAAUUAUACAGGAAGAAACAUUAUCAGAUCUUAUUGUUCAAAGUUCAGCAGAUGAUCAGCAGGAUUAUACUGGCAAUAUAAGUAACGAAGCAUAUGGAUGCAGUCAAAGUAGUAGGAGAGGAUUGUACAGAGAAAUUUGGUUUUAUGGAAUCGCCAGUGAGAACACCAUCUUCAAAUGUCACUACCUCAUUUGACACAGAAGUAACUAAAGAUAUAGGUUUGUUUGUAUCUUCCGAUGACAUGAGUGUUAAAUUGGGCUGACCUACAAGGGAACAAUCGGCGGCUGUAGUUGCAGACAAUGAUCAGUCCCCCAGCAGAAGCUAUCUCCGGCCUUGUGGAGCUGAGGUAAUAGAUUUGACAACUCUUGCCCUCCCCCCCUCCCCCCCCCCCCUAUGCAGAAGGGAUUUAUGUGGCAAGAAGAGUAGAGUUGCUACUGUUUAUCCUCAGAUAAUUGACUUGACUGAGUCAACCAAUUUCAUCCAACUAUAGAAUGUUGGACAUGUAUACUACAAACAAUCAAACAAAUUAUGUAAUCUAUAGAGGAAUUUAUUGUCAUCUUUGCCUGAUGGCAUAUUGUAAUCACAAUAUUAAGAGCAUUUUGGUUCAAGUCUUACAGUUUGAUGAAAUAAAGAUUUUUUUUUACCCACU